GUAGUUGCUGGUGGUAAGAAGGUGGUCGGGAAGCCUGCGUCGUCGAGUUCGGACUCGGAUUCGAGUGAUGAGGGUAAUGCAGGAUCAGCGAAGAAGCCUGUUGGUGUAGUUGGUAGUGGUGUUAAGACGGGGAUGGGAGUUGUCCCACAAGGUGCUGCUCAGUCUGUGCAGAAGAAGAAAGUUGCGGCCGCUCCGUCGAGCUCGGAUUCUGAUUCUAGUGAUGACGAGCAGCCGGCGAGUAAGAAGCCUGCGUUGGUGAAGGCGUCUCCAUCUGUGGGCAAGGCUGUUAGUGGUGUAGUUGCUGGUGGUAAGAAGGUGGUCGGGAAGCCUGCGUCGUCGAGUUCGGACUCGGAUUCGAGUGAUGAGGGUAAUGCAGGAUCAGCGAAGAAGCCUGUUGGUGUAGUUGGUAGUGGUGUUAAGACGGGGAUGGGAGUUGUCCCACAAGGUGCUGCUCAGUCUGUGCAGAAGAAGAAAGUUGCGGCCGCUCCGUCGAGCUCGGAUUCUGAUUCUAGUGAUGACGAGCAGCCGGCGAGUAAGAAGCCUGCGUUGGUGAAGGCGUCUCCAUCUGUGGGCAAGGCUGUUAGUGGUGUAGUUGCUGGUGGUAAGAAGGUGGUCGGGAAGCCUGCGUCGUCGAGUUCGGACUCGGAUUCGAGUGAUGAGGGUAAUGCAGGAUCAGCGAAGAAGCCUGUUGGUGUAGUUGGUAGUGGUGUUAAGACGGGGAUGGGAGUUGUCCCACAAGGUGCUGCUCAGUCUGUGCAGAAGAAGAAAGUUGCGGCCGCUCCGUCGAGCUCGGAUUCUGAUUCUAGUGAUGACGAGCAGCCGGCGAGUAAGAAGCCUGCGUUGGUGAAGGCGUCUCCAUCUGUGGGCAAGGCUGUUAGUGGUGUAGUUGCUGGUGGUAAGAAGGUGGUCGGGAAGCCUGCGUCGUCGAGUUCGGACUCGGAUUCGAGUGAUGAGGGUAAUGCAGGAUCAGCGAAGAAGCCUGUUGGUGUAGUUGGUAGUGGUGUUAAGACGGGGAUGGGAGUUGUCCCACAAGGUGCUGCUCAGUCUGUGCAGAAGAAGAAAGUUGCGGCCGCUCCGUCGAGCUCGGAUUCUGAUUCUAGUGAUGACGAGCAGCCGGCGAGUAAGAAGCCUGCGUUGGUGAAGGCGUCUCCAUCUGUGGGCAAGGCUGUUAGUGGUGUAGUUGCUGGUGGUAAGAAGGUGGUCGGGAAGCCUGCGUCGUCGAGUUCGGACUCGGAUUCGAGUGAUGAGGGUAAUGCAGGAUCAGCGAAGAAGCCUGUUGGUGUAGUUGGUAGUGGUGUUAAGACGGGGAUGGGAGUUGUCCCACAAGGUGCUGCUCAGUCUGUGCAGAAGAAGAAAGUUGCGGCCGCUCCGUCGAGCUCGGAUUCUGAUUCUAGUGAUGACGAGCAGCCGGCGAGUAAGAAGCCUGUGUUGGUGAAGGCGUCUCCAUCUGUGGGCAAGGCUGUUAGUGGUGUAGUUGCUGGUGGUAAGAAGGUGGUCGGGAAGCCUGCGUCGUCGAGUUCGGACUCGGAUUCGAGUGAUGAGGGUAAUGCAGGAUCAGCGAAGAAGCCUGUUGGUGUAGUUGGUAGUGGUGUUAAGACGGGGAUGGGAGUUGUCCCACAAGGUGCUGCUCAGUCUGUGCAGAAGAAGAAAGUUGCGGCCGCUCCGUCGAGCUCGGAUUCUGAUUCUAGUGAUGACGAGCAGCCGGCGAGUAAGAAGCCUGUGUUGGUGAAGGCGUCUCCAUCUGUGGGCUAAGGCUGUUAGUGGUGUAGUUGCUGGUGGUAAGAAGGUGGUCGGGAAGCCUGCGUCGUCGAGUUCGGACUCGGAUUCGAGUGAUGAGGGUAAUGCAGGAUCAGCGAAGAAGCCUGUUGGUGUAGUUGGUAGUGGUGUUAAGACGGGGAUGGGAGUUGUCCCACAAGGUGCUGCUCAGUCUGUGCAGAAGAAGAAAGUUGCGGCCGCUCCGUCGAGCUCGGAUUCUGAUUCUAGUGAUGACGAGCAGCCGGCGAGUAAGAAGCCUGCGUUGGUGAAGGCGUCUCCAUCUGUGGGCAAGGCUGUUAGUGGUGUAGUUGCUGGUGGUAAGAAGGUGGUCGGGAAGCCUGCGUCGUCGAGUUCGGACUCGGAUUCGAGUGAUGAGGGUAAUGCAGGAUCAGCGAAGAAGCCUGUUGGUGUAGUUGGUAGUGGUGUUAAGACGGGGAUGGGAGUUGUCCCACAAGGUGCUGCUCAGUCUGUGCAGAAGAAGAAAGUUGCGACCGCUCCGUCGAGCUCGGAUUCUGAUUCUAGUGAUGACGAGCAGCCGGCGAGUAAGAAGCCUGCGUUGGUGAAGGCGUCUCCAUCUGUGGGCAAGGCUGUUAGUGGUGUAGUUGCUGGUGGUAAGAAGGUGGUCGGGAAGCCUGCGUCGUCGAGUUCGGACUCGGAUUCGAGUGUUGAGGGUAAUGCAGGAUCAGCGAAGAAGCCUGUUGGUGUAGUUGGUAGUGGUGUUAAGACGGGGAUGGGAGUUGUCCCACAAGGUGCUGCUCAGUCUGUGCAGAAGAAGAAAGUUGCGGCCGCUCCGUCGAGCUCGGAUUCUGAUUCUAGUGAUGACGAGCAGCCGGCGAGUAAGAAGCCUGCGUUGGUGAAGGCGUCUCCAUCUGUGGGCAAGGCUGUUAGUGGUGUAGUUGCUGGUGGUAAGAAGGUGGUCGGGAAGCCUGCGUCGUCGAGUUCGGACUCGGAUUCGAGUGAUGAGGGUAAUGCAGGAUCAGCGAAGAAGCCUGUUGGUGUAGUUGGUAGUGGUGUUAAGACGGGGAUGGGAGUUGUCCCACAAGGUGCUGCUCAGUCUGUGCAGAAGAAGAAAGUUGCGGCCGCUCCGUCGAGCUCGGAUUCUGAUUCUAGUGAUGACGAGCAGCCGGCGAGUAAGAAGCCUGCGUUGGUGAAGGCGUCUCCAUCUGUGAGCAAGGCUGUUAGUGGUGUAGUUGCUGGUGGUAAGAAGGUGGUCGGGAAGCCUGCGUCGUCGAGUUCGGACUCGGAUUCGAGUGUUGAGGGUAAUGCAGGAUCAGCGAAGAAGCCUGUUGGUGUAGUUGGUAGUGGUGUUAAGACGGGGAUGGGAGUUGUCCCACAAGGUGCUGCUCAGUCUGUGCAGAAGAAGAAAGUUGCGGCCGCUCCGUCGAGCUCGGAUUCUGAUUCUAGUGAUGACGAGCAGCCGGCGAGUAAGAAGCCUGUGUUGGUGAAGGCGUCUCCAUCUGUGGGUAAGGCUGUUAGUGGUGUAGUUGCUGGUGGUAAGAAGGUGGUCGGGAAGCCUGCGUCGUCGAGUUCGGACUCGGAUUCGAGUGAUGAGGGUAAUGCAGGAUCAGCGAAGAAGCCUGUUGGUGUAGUUGGUAGUGGUGUUAAGACGGGGAUGGGAGUUGUCCCACAAGGUGCUGCUCAGUCUGUGCAGAAGAAGAAAGUUGCGACCGCUCCGUCGAGCUCGGAUUCUGAUUCUAGUGAUGACGAGCAGCCGGCGAGUAAGAAGCCUGUGUUGGUGAAGGCGUCUCCAUCUGUGGGCAAGGCUGUUAGUGGUGUAGUUGCUGGUGGUAAGAAGGUGGUCGGGAAGCCUGCGUCGUCGAGUUCGGACUCGGAUUCGAGUGAUGAGGGUAAUGCAGGAUCAGCGAAGAAGCCUGUUGGUGUAGUUGGUAGUGGUGUUAAGACGGGGAUGGGAGUUGUCCCACAAGGUGCUGCUCAGUCUGUGCAGAAGAAGAAAGUUGCGGCCGCUCCGUCGAGCUCGGAUUCUGAUUCUAGUGAUGACGAGCAGCCGGCGAGUAAGAAGCCUGUGUUGGUGAAGGCGUCUCCAUCUGUGGGUAAGGCUGUUAGUGGUGUAGUUGCUGGUGGUAAGAAGGUGGUCGGGAAGCCUGCGUCGUCGAGUUCGGACUCGGAUUCGAGUGAUGAGGGUAAUGCAGGAUCAGCGAAGAAGCCUGUUGGUGUAGUUGGUAGUGGUGUUAAGACGGGGAUGGGAGUUGUCCCACAAGGUGCUGCUCAGUCUGUGCAGAAGAAGAAAGUUGCGGCCGCUCCGUCGAGCUCGGAUUCUGAUUCUAGUGAUGACGAGCAGCCGGCGAGUAAGAAGCCUGCGUUGGUGAAGGCGUCUCCAUCUGUGGGCAAGGCUGUUAGUGGUGUAGUUGCUGGUGGUAAGAAGGUGGUCGGGAAGCCUGCGUCGUCGAGUUCGGACUCGGAUUCGAGUGAUGAGGGUAAUGCAGGAUCAGCGAAGAAGCCUGUUGGUGUAGUUGGUAGUGGUGUUAAGACGGGGAUGGGAGUUGUCCCACAAGGUGCUGCUCAGUCUGUGCAGAAGAAGAAAGUUGCGACCGCUCCGUCGAGCUCGGAUUCUGAUUCUAGUGAUGACGAGCAGCCGGCGAGUAAGAAGCCUGUGUUGGUGAAGGCGUCUCCAUCUGUGGGCAAGGCUGUUAGUGGUGUAGUUGCUGGUGGUAAGAAGGUGGUCGGGAAGCCUGCGUCGUCGAGUUCGGACUCGGAUUCGAGUGAUGAGGGUAAUGCAGGAUCAGCGAAGAAGCCUGUUGGUGUAGUUGGUAGUGGUGUUAAGACGGGGAUGGGAGUUGUCCCACAAGGUGCUGCUCAGUCUGUGCAGAAGAAGAAAGUUGCGACCGCUCCGUCGAGCUCGGAUUCUGAUUCUAGUGAUGACGAGCAGCCGGCGAGUAAGAAGCCUGCGUUGGUGAAGGCGUCUCCAUCUGUGAGCAAGGCUGUUAGUGGUGUAGUUGCUGGUGGUUCGAUAGCUGUUGGUACGUCUGUUUUUUCUAAUGGUUCUGGUGAUGCACCUUGUGAUUUCUUGAAACAAUCUUCAAAUCGUAAACGUCGUUAUUCUUUUGUGCGUUCUAGUCAUGUAAAAAGUAGUAAUUCACUUGGUUCUUUUGCUGAUAAUGUCGUAUCUGCAACUAAAUCUUCUUGCACUAAAUCUUGUGGACCUUUCCGUCGUGUUGAUGAGAAGGAUGUGUUUGUCCAUCCCAAUCUGCGGGACAAUUCCUUUGAGGCGAAGCGGAAUGCACGUGGAUCGUGGGGUGAAAAAGCGAAUCGCGAUUUCAAGUUUACCACUGGAAAAGCAUUCAAACAAGAGAAAACUAAAAAGAAGAGAGGUUCUUAUAGCGGAGGUUCACUUUCCUUAGAUUCUUGUUCCUUUAAAUUUAAUGAAUAAACAGCUCUCUACUCCUGAUUUUUUGUAAAUAUUUUUCCACUUACAUGCAUUUUGUAAAUAGGAAGAUAGAAUAUUUUCUGAUGCUUUGCGAUAACUUUGACAUACUGUUUGUUUAAAAAAAUAUUUUUCUGCAAUUUUUUGAAAUAUUGUCAUUUCAAUUGUUGUCGUUCAGUAAAUCGUGGCUAUUGCAAAAUUCAUUGUCUUGUAUUAGCGACUUGGAAGGAAUUGGUCUGUGUCUAAAAUUUGAGAAUCCAUUUAUCUUAGUAUAAACAAAUGGAUAAGAUCACUUUCCCCUCGGUCCAUAGUCAGCUGCCAACAUUUAUUUUUAUCAUUUGUUUCUGUAAAUGUGGUUGGUUUGAUGAAGAUAAGUGUUUCUCAGAGAUACAUUUA